AUGAACCUGCGGUCUGUGUUCACACUGGAGCAACAGCGAGUCCUGGAGAGCUACUAUGACAACGGGAUGACCAAUCAGAGCAAGAGCUGCUUCCAGCUGAUCCUUCAGUGUUCUCAGGAGACCAAACUGGACUUCAGCGUGGUGCGGGUACGUAGGGACUUCAGCAUGGUGCGGGUACGUAGGGACUUCAGCGUGGUACGUAGGGACUUCAGCGUGGUGCGGGUACGUAGGGACUUCAGCGUGGUACGUAGGGACUUCAGCGUGGUGCGGGUACGUAGGGACUUCAGCGUGGUACGUAGGGACUUCAGCGUGGUGCGGGUACGUAGGGACUUCAGCGUGGUACGUAGGGACUUCAGCGUGGUACGUAGGGACUUCAGCUUGGUACGUAGCGACUUCAGCAUGGUGCGGGUAUGUAGGGACUUCAGCGUGGUACGUAGGGACUUCAGCGUGGUACGUAGGGACUUCAGCGUUGUACGUAGGGACUUCAGCGUGGUACGUAGGGACUUCAGCGUGGUACGGGUAUGUAGGGACUUUAGCAUGGUACGUAGGGACUUCAGCGUGGUGCGGGUAUGUAGGGACUUCAGCGUGGUGCGGGUAUGUAGGGACUUCAGCUUGGUACGUAGGGACUUCAGCAUGGUGUGGGUUCGUAGGGACUUCAGCGGGGUGCGGGUAGGUAGGGACUUCAGCGUGGUACGUAGGGACUUCAGCGGGGUGCGGGUAGGUAGGGACUUCAGCGUGGUACGUAGGGACUUCAGCGUGGUGCGGGUACUUAGGGACUUCAGCGUGGUGCGGGUACGUAGGGACUUCAGCGUGGUGUGGGUACGUAGGGACUUCAGCGUGGUGCGGGUAUGUAGGGACUUCAGCUUGGUACGUAGGGACUUCAGCAUGGUGUGGGUUCGUAGGGACUUCAGCGGGGGUGCGGGUAGGUAGGGACUUCAGCGUGGUACGUAGGGACUUCAGCGUGAUGCGGGUACGUAGGGACUUCAGCGUGGUACGUAGGGACUUCAGCGUGGUGCGGGUACGUAGGGACUUCAGCGUGGUGUGGGUACGUAGGGACUUCAGCGUGGUGCGGGUAUGUAGGGACUUCAGCUUGGUGCGUAGGGACUUCAGCAUGGUGUGGGUUCGUAGGGACUUCAGCGGGGUGCGGGUAGGUAGGGACUUCAGCGUGGUACGUAGGGACUUCAGCGUGAUGCGGGUACGUAGGGACUUCAGCGUGGUACGUAGGGACUUCAGCGUGGUGCGGGUACGUAGGGACUUCAGCGUGGUGCGGGUACGUAGGGACUUCAGCGUGGUACGUAGGGACUUCAGCGUGGUGCGGGUACGUAGGGACUUCAGCGUGGUACGUAGGGACUUCAGCAUGGUAUGUAGGGACUUCAGCGUGGUACGUAGGGACUUCAGCGUGGUACGUAGGGACUUCAGCGUGGUGCGGGUACGUAGGGACUUCAGCGUGGUGCGGGUACGUAGGGACUUCAGCGUGGUACGUAGGGACUUCAGCGUGGUGCGGGUACUUAGGGACUUCAGCGUGGUACGUAGGGACUUCAGCGUGGUGCGGGUACGUAGGGACUUCAGCGUGGUGUGGGUUCGUAGGGACUUCAGCGUGGUGCGGGUUCGUAGGGAUUUCAGCGUGGUGCGGGUUUGUAGGGACUUCGGCGUGGUACGUAGGGACGUCAGCAUGGUGCGGGUAUGUAGGGACUUCAGCGUGGUACGUAGGGACUUCAGCGUGGUACGUAGGGACUUCAGCGUUGUACGUAGGGACUUCAGCGUGGUACGUAGGGACUUCAGCGUGGUACGGGUACGUAGGGACUUUAGCAUGGUACGUAGGGACUUCAGCGUGGUGCGGGUUCGUAGGGACUUCAGCGUGGUGCGGGUAUGUAGGGACUUCAGCGUGGUGCGGGUAUGUAGGGACUUCAGCUUGGUACGUAGGGACUUCAGCAUGGUGUGGCUUCGUAGGGACUUCAGCGGGGUGCGGGUAGGUAGGGACUUCAGCGGGGUGCGGGUAGGUAGGGACUUCAGCGUGGUACGUAGGGACAUCAGCGUGGUGCGGGUACGAAGGGACUUCAGCGUGGUGCGGGUACUUAGGGACUUCAGCGUGGUGCGGGUACGUAGGGACUUCAGCGUGGUGUGGGUACGUAGGGACUUCAGCGUGGUGCGGGUACGUAGGGACUUCAGCGUGGUACGUAGGGACUUCAGCAUGGUAUGUAGGGACUUCAGCGUGGUACGUAGGGACUUCAGCGUGGUACGUAGGGACUUCAGCGUGGUACAUAGGGACUUCAGCUUGGUACGUAGGGACUUCAGCUUGGUACGUAGGGACUUCAGCGUGGUGUGGGUACGUAGGGACUUCAGCGUGGUACGUAGGGGCUUCAGCAUGGUGCGGGUACGUAGGGAUUCAGCGUGGUGCGUGUACGUAGGGAAUUCAGCUUGGUACGUAGGGACUUCAGCGUGGUGUGGGUUCGUAGGGACAUCAGCGGGGUGCGGGUACGUAGGGACUUCAGCGUGGUGCGGGUACGUAGGGACUUCAGCGUGGUACGUAGGGACUUCAGCGUGGUGCGGGUACGUAGGGACUUCAGCGUGGUACGUAGGGACUUCACCAUGGUAUGUAGGGACUUCAGCGUGGUAUGUAGGGACUUCAGCGUUGUACGUAGGGACUUCAGCGUGGUACGUAGGGACUUCAGCUUGGUACGUAGGGACUUCAGCUUGGUACGUAGGGACUUCAGCUUGGUACGUAGGGACUUCAGCUUGGUACGUAGGGACUUCAGCGUGGUACGUAGGGACUUCAGCGUGGUGUGGGUACGUAGGGACUUCAGCGUGGUGCGGGUACGUAGGGACUUCAGCGUGGUACGUAGGGACUUCAGCGUGGUGCGGGUACUUAGGGACUUCAGCGUGGUACGUAGGGACUUCAGCGUGGUGCGGGUACGUAGGGACUUCAGCGUGGUGUGGGUUCGUAGGGACUUCAGCGUGGUGCGGGUUCGUAGGGAUUUCAGCGUGGUGCGGGUUUGUAGGGACUUCAGCGUGGUACGUAGGGACGUCAGCAUGGUGCGGGUAUGUAGGGACUUCAGCGUGGUACGUAGGGACUUCAGCGUGGUACGUAGGGACUUCAGCGUGGUACGGGUACGUAGGGACUUUAGCAUGGUACGUAGGGACUUCAGCGUGGUGCGGGUUCGUAGGGACUUCAGCGUGGUGCGGGUAUGUAGGGACUUCAGCGUGGUGCGGGUUCGUAGGGACUUCAGCGUGGUGCGGGUACGUAGGGACUUCAGCGUGGUGCGGGUAUGUAGGGACUUCAGCUUGGUACGUAGGGACCUCAGCAUGGUGUGGGUUCGUAGGGACUUCAGCGGGGUGCGGGUAGGUAGGGACUUCAGCGUGGUACGUAGAGGCUUCAGCGUGGUGCAGGUUCAUGGGGACUUCAGCGUGGUGCGGGUACCUAGGGACUUCAGCGUGGUAUGUUAGGACUUCAGUGUGGUGCGGGUACGUAGGGACUUCAGCGUGAUGCGGGUUCGUAGGGACUUCAGCGUGGUACGUAGGGGCUUCAGCGUGGUGCGGGUUCGUAGGGACUUCAGCGUGGUACGUAGGGCUUUCAGCGUGAUGCGGGUACGUAGGGAAUUCAGCUUGGUACGUAGGGACUUCAGCUUCGUACGUAGGGACUUCAGCGUGGUGCGGGUACGUAGGGACUUCAGCGUGGUAUGUAGGGACUUCAGCGUUGUACGUAGGGACUUCAGCGUGGUACGUAGGGACUUCAGCUUGGUACGUAGGGACUUCAGCUUGGUACGUAGGGACUUCAGCUUGGUACGUAGGGACUUCAGCGUGGUACGUAGGGACUUCAGCGUGGUGCGGGUACGUAGGGACUUCAGCGUGGUGCGGGUAAGUAGGGACUUCAGCGUGGUACGUAGGGACUUCAGCGUGGUGCGGGUACUUAGGGACUUCAGCGUGGUACGUAGGGACUUCAGCGUGGUGCGGGUACGUAGGGACUUCAGCGUGGUGUGGGUUCGUAGGGACUUCAGCGUGGUGCGGGUUCGUAGGGAUUUCAGCGUGGUGCGGGUUUGUAGGGACUUCAGUGUGGUACGUAGGGACGUCAGCAUGGUGCGGGUAUGUAGGGACUUCAGCGUGGUACGUAGGGACUUCAGCGUGGUACGUAGGGACUUCAGCGUGGUACGUAGGGACUUCAGCGUGGUACGGGUACGUAGGGACUUUAGCAUGGUACGUAGGGACUUCAGCGUGGUGCGGGUUCGUAGGGACUUCAGCGUGGUGCGGGUAUGUAGGGACUUCAGCGUGGUGCGGGUUCGUAGGGACUUCAGCGUGGUGCGGGUACGUAGGGACUUCAGCGUGGUGCGGGUAUGUAGGGACUUCAGCUUGGUACGUAGGGACUUCAGCAUGGUGUGGGUUCGUAGGGACUUCAGCGGGGUGCGGGUAGGUAGGGACUUCAGCGUGGUACGUAGGGGCUUCAGCGUGGUGCAGGUUCAUGGGGACUUCAGCGUGGUGCGGGUACCUAGGGACUUCAGCGUGGUAUGUUAGGACUUCAGUGUGGUGCGGGUACGUAGGGACUUCAGCGUGAUGCGGGUUCGUAGGGACUUCAGCGUGGUACGUAGGGGCUUCAGCGUGGUGCGGGUUCGUAGGGACUUCAGCGUGGUACGUAGGGCUUUCAGCGUGAUGCGGGUACGUAGGGAAUUCAGCUUGGUACGUAGGGACUUCAGCUUCGUACGUAGGGACUUCAGCGUGGUGCGGGUACGUAGGGACUUCUGCGUGGUGCGGGUUCGUAGGGACUUCAGCGUGGUGUGGGUACGUAGGGACUUCAGCUUGGUGCGUAGGGACUUCAGCGUGGUGUGGGUUCGUAGGGACUUCAGCAUGGUAAGUAGGGACUUCUGCGUGGUGCAGGUUCGUAGGGACUUCAGUGUGGUACGUUGGGACUUCAGCGUGGUGCGGGUUCGUAGGGACUUCAGCGUGGUACGUAGGGACUUCAGCGUGGUGCGGGUUCGUAGGGACUUCAGCAUGGUACGGGUUCAUAGGGACUUCAGCGUGGUAGGUAGGGACUUCAGCGUGGUACGGGUAAGUAGGGACUUCAGCGUGGUACGGGUACGUAGGGACUUCAGCGUGGUACGUUGGGAACUCAGCGUGGUGCGGGUUCGUAGGGACUUCAGCGUGGUACGUAGGGACUUCAGCAUGGUACGGGUUCAUAGGGACUUCAGCGUGGUAUGGGUACGUAGGGACUUCAGCAUGGUACGUAGGGACUUCAGCGUGGUGCGGGUUCGUAGGGACUUCAGCGUGGUGCGGGUAUGUACGGACUUCAGCGUGGUGCGGCUACGUAGGGACUUCAGCGUGGUGCGGGUACGUAGGGACUUCAGCUUGGUGCGGGUUCGUAGGGACUUCAGCAUGGUACGUAGGGACUUCUGCGUGGUGCAGGUACGUAGGGACUUCAGCGUGGUACGUUGGGACUUCAGCGUGGUGCGGGUUCGUAGGGACUUCAGCGUGGUACGUUGGGACUUCAGCGUGGUGCGGGUACGUAGGGACUUCAGCAUGGUACGUAGGGACUUCAGCGUGGUGCGGGUUCGUAGGGACUUCAGCAUGGUGCGGGUACGUAGGGACUUCAGCAUGGUACGUAGGGACUUCAGCGUGGUGCGGGUACUUAGGGACUUCAGCGUGGUACGUAGGGACUUCAGCGUGGUGCGGGUACGUAGGGACUUCAGCGUGGUACGUAGGGACUUCAGCGUGGUACGUUGGGACUUCAGCGUGGUGCGGGUUCGUAGGGACUUCAGCGUGGUACGUUGGGACUUCAGCGUGGUGCGGGUACGUAGGGACUUCAGCAUGGUACGUAGGGACUUCAGCGUGGUGCGGGUUCGUAGGGACUUCAGCGUGGUGCGGGUACGUAGGGACUUCAGCAUGGUACGUAGGGACUUCAGCGUGGUGCGGGUUUGUAGGGACUUCAGCGUGGUGCGGGUACGUAGGGACUUCAGCUUGGUGCGUAGGGACUUCAGCGUGGUGCGGGUUCGUAGGGACUUCAGCAUGGUACGUAGGGACUUCAGCGUGGUGCGGGUAUGUAGGGACUUCAGCAUGGUACGUAGGGACUUCAGCGUGGUGCGGGUUCGUAGGGACUUCAGCAUGGUACGUAGGGACUUCAGCGUGGUGCGGGUAUGUAGGGACUUCAGCGUGGUGCGGGUAUGUAGGGACUUCAGCGUGGUGUGGGUACGUAGGGACUUCAGCUUGGUACGUAGGGACUUCAGCAUGGUGUGGGUUCGUAGGGACUUCAGCGGGGUGCGGGUAGGUAGGGACUUCAGCGUGGUACAUAGGGGCUUCAGCGUGGUGCAGGUUCAUGGGGACUUCAGCGUGGUGCGGGUACCUAGGGACUUCAGCGUGGUAUGUUAGGACUUCAGUGUGGUGCGGGUACGUAGGGACUUCAGCGUGAUGCGGGUUCGUAGGGACUUCAGCGUGGUACGUAGGGGCUUCAGCGUGGUGCGGGUUCGUAGGGACUUCAGCGUGGUACGUAGGGCUUUCAGCGUGAUGCGGGUACGUAGGGAAUUCAGCUUGGUACGUAGGGACUUCAGCUUCGUACGUAGGGACUUCAGCGUGGUGCGGGUACGUAGGGACUUCUGCGUGGUGCGGGUUCGUAGGGACUUCAGCGUGGUGUGGGUACGUAGGGACUUCAGCUUGGUGCGUAGGGACUUCAGCGUGGUGUGGGUUCGUAGGGACUUCAGCAUGGUAAGUAGGGACUUCUGCGUGGUGCAGGUUCGUAGGGACUUCAGUGUGGUACGUUGGGACUUCAGCGUGGUGCGGGUUCGUAGGGACUUCAGCGUGGUACGUAGGGACUUCAGCGUGGUGCGGGUUCGUAGGGACUUCAGCAUGGUACGGGUUCAUAGGGGCUUCAGCGUGGUAGGUAGGGACUUCAGCGUGGUACGGGUAAGUAGGGACUUCAGCGUGGUACGGGUACGUAGGGACUUCAGCGUGGUACGUUGGGAACUCAGCGUGGUGCGGGUUCGUAGGGACUUCAGCGUGGUACGUAGGGACUUCAGCAUGGUACGGGUUCAUAGGGACUUCAGCGUGGUACGGGUACGUAGGGACUUCAGCAUGGUACGUAGGGACUUCAGCGUGGUGCGGGUUCGUAGGGACUUCAGCGUGGUGCGGGUAUGUACGGACUUCAGCGUGGUGCGGGUACGUAGGGACUUCAGCGUGGUGCGGGUACGUAGGGACUUCAGCUUGGUGCGGGUUCGUAGGGACUUCAGCAUGGUACGUAGGGACUUCUGCGUGGUGCAGGUACGUAGGGACUUCAGCGUGGUACGUUGGGACUUCAGCGUGGUGCGGGUUCGUAGGGACUUCAGCGUGGUACGUUGGGACUUCAGCGUGGUGCGGGUUCGUAGGGACUUCAGCAUGGUGCGGGUACGUAGGGACUUCAUCAUGGUACGUAGGGACUUCAGCGUGGUGCGGGUACUUAGGGACUUCAGCGUGGUACGUAGGGACUUCAGCGUGGUGCGGGUACGUAGGGACUUCAGCGUGGUACGUAGGGACUUCAGCGUGGUACGUUGGGACUUCAGCGUGGUGCGGGUUCGUAGGGACUUCAGCGUGGUACGUUGGGACUUCAGCGUGGUGCGGGUACGUAGGGACUUCAGCAUGGUACGUAGGGACUUCAGCGUGGUGCGGGUUCGUAGGGACUUCAGCGUGGUGCGGGUACGUAGGGACUUCAGCAUGGUACGUAGGGACUUCAGCGUGGUGCGGGUUUGUAGGGACUUCAGCGUGGUGCGGGUACGUAGGGACUUCAGCUUGGUGCGUAGGGACUUCAGCGUGGUGCGGGUUCGUAGGGACUUCAGCAUGGUACGUAGGGACUUCAGCGUGGUGCGGGUAUGUAGGGACUUCAGCAUGGUACGUAGGGACUUCAGCGUGGUGCGGGUUCGUAGGGACUUCAGCAUGGUACGUAGGGACUUCAGCGUGGUGCGGGUAUGUAGGGACUUCAGCGUGGUGCGGGUAUGUAGGGACUUCAGCAUGGUGUGGGUACGUAGGGACUUCAGCUUG